CCUUCCAUCCCGCACCAUCCACUCGUAGCCCCCUCUCUCUUCCCCUCUCCCUUCACCGCUGCAACGCUCAACACACUCGCUUUGAUAACAUUGAGGCACCUUCGCCAUGAGGUUCUCUCUCCUUUCCACUCUGUCGGUCGGCCUCCUCUCAGCCGGCCUUGUUGCCGCUCAGGCCAAUGGAACUAUCUACGAGGGUACCGUCGGCGAGGACCUCAAUGGCUCCAACUUCACAUAUCCCUACCCCGUGAAGCUGUUCAGGUUUGAGAGCCAAUUUGAGAACCUCGAGAUGGCCUUUAUGGACGUCUGGCCCAGCAACAAGUCCAACGGCAGGACGGCCAUCCUGUUCCAUGGAAGGAACUUCUGUGGCGCCACUUGGGAGGGCACCAUCAACGCUUUGAAGAACGAGGGGUGGCGUGUCAUCGUGCCCGAUCAGAUUGGCUUUUGCAAGAGCUCGAAGCCUGUGGGCUACCAGUUCAGUCUUCAUCAGUUCGCCUGGAACACUCGCGGGCUGCUUGACGCGCUCGACAUCGACAAGGUCACCGUCAUCGGCCACUCCAUGGGCGGCAUGCUCUCGACCCGAUUCUCUCUGCAGUACCCCGAGACGGUGGAUGACCUUGUCAUGGUUAACGCCAUCGGAUGGGAGGACUACAUUCAGAAGGGCGUUCCUUACAUCAGCAUCGACAAGACUUGGGUGACUGAGUCGGCAUCCAACUUUGCCUCGAUCAAGAACUAUGAGAAGACGACCUAUUACGUCGGCGAGUGGAAGGACGAGUACGACACGUGGGUCAACAUGCUUGUCAACAUCUACUACGGCUCCGAGCGCGAGAACUACGUCAAGAUCCAGGCCAAGAUUGUCAACACGGUCCUCACCCAGCCCAUCGCCCACUAUUUCGGAGACAUACAGGCCCGAACCCUGGUGAUGGUGGGCGAGAAAGACAUCACUGCCAUUGGGUCUGCCUGGGCGUCCAAAGAAGUUGCUGCAACACUCGGCCAUUUUGACGUCCUCGGAAAAGAGGUUGCCUCUCAGAUCCCCAACGGCCAUCUCUUCAAGUUCCCCGACCUGGGACAUGCGCCCCAGAUCUCCCAACCUGAGCGCUUCCACCGCGCGUUACUGCGUUUCUUGAACAAGAAGCCCAAGAACUAAUGUCACUGCUCGCGAUGUAUGUGGCAAAAGAACUUUGAAUUUUAAAAUGUUCUGUAUUCAAUUCCAGUCCAUGGCGCUUCUUAAGCACCAGGCCAAGGGGAACGACUUGGAUGCAAAUUAUUUGCCUGUGAUUCUUGAUGGCUCUAGGCUCGGCCACGAAUAGAACCUCCCUUUGGUAGGAAAAUUAUCAAUUUCAAUGACUUUCUUAGUUAUUGAAACGACGAGGAUUUGACUACUGGGCCAUGGCGAGCGCGCAAUUCGACUCAACGAGUGUUUGCUGUAGGGUAAACGAUGAAGUGAACCGCCAUUUACUGCAUUCGAUGCACAGUAACAAAGAAAAUGAUUCAAUCAUGUGUAGAUCACAGAGUGACUGUUCAUAUUGGAAGCCGAACUAUAACUGCCUAAGUAGCUUUG